GCGCGCUCGGGCUGGACUCGAGUCGGCUCGGGCGGCACCGGACGGAGCGGGGAAGGGGCGGCGGGCGGGCGAGCGGGCGCGGCAGGGCGGGCGGCGGGCCGGAGAGCGGGCAGCAGGCGGGCGUCCGAGCCCCGCCGUCGCGGGCCGGGAGGGGCCGGCUGGCUGGCUGCCCAACCGCCUGGCUGCGGGGCCGGUCAUGGCGGAGCCCAGCCCCGAAGAUCCGCCGCCGAGCCUCAAGCCAGAGACGCAGCCCCCGGAGAAGCGCCGGCGGACCAUCGAGGAUUUCAACAAAUUCUGCAGCUUCGUCCUGGCGUACGCCGGCUACAUCCCUUCCUCCAAGGAGGAGAGUGACUGGACGCCCUCUGGCUCAAACUCCCCCAUCCGCCCAGAGAGCGUGGUGGAUAGUGAUGGCUGGGAGUCGACGCACUCCGACCUGCACACCAUCGAGACCUUUGUGAAGAAGGCCAAGUCCUCAAAAAAGAAAGCAGCUUUCCGCCACCUCAAACCAGACAGCUCACUGCUGGAGAAAAUGAAACUCAAGGACUCCCUUUUUGACUUGGACCCUGUGGGCAAGCAGCCGCCACCACUGGCGGGGCCCAAAGGGGGCACGGAGAGGAAGAAGGACAAGCGGAACCGAAAAGUCACCAUGGAGGCGGGGGGUCCCAAGCGCAGCCGGGGGGACCCAGGGGGGGAGAAGCGCUCCCGCAUCAAGAAAAGCAAGAAGCGGAAGUUGAAAAAGGCGGAGCGCUCUGAGAAGAAGCAUAAGGCUUCGCUGAGUGAGACGGACUCGGAGGAGGAGGAGGCGGCGGCGGCGGCAGCAGCAGUGACACCUCUGGCAGGGGUAGCUUUGCGGCCAGGCAGGGAGGAGGAGGGGGCGACCACGGCUCUGGUCAGUGUGCAAGCCCCCCCCGAGCUCUUGGCAGUCAGUUUCCCCGUCAAGGGCGAGGACACAGAAGGGAAGGAGGGCCUCAGUACAGAGACCAGCCAAGACGGGGAUGGCAGUUCCAGUGAAGGUGAAAUGAGGGUGAUGGAUGAGGACAUCAUGGUGGAAUCAGGGGAUGAUUCGUGGGACCUCAUCACGUGUUACUGCCAGAAGCCAUUUGCAGGUCGGCCCAUGAUCGAGUGUAAUCAGUGUGGCACCUGGAUCCACCUCUCAUGCGCCAAGAUCAAGAAGACCAAUGUUCCAGACAUCUUCUAUUGUCAAAAAUGUAAAGAAGGCUCUCGAAAGCAGCCGCCACCACUGCUCACACCUGCAGCUCCGGGUGCGGCAGCUGCCAUUGCGUCCAGGGGAGGUGGGGAGCCCUAGCAUGGCAGGGGAGGAUGGCUGCAUGCCAGAUUUCCGCCCCAGAGGGACAAAAGACUGGACAGGGUGGAGAGUCUGUUCUGGACUGGUAGCCACACGAGCCUCAGUUCCUUGGGGUAUUUGGGUGGGUGACAGACCCAGUGGUGGAGGGGGAGUCCUACCCCCACAAAACUCAGCAGAUGCUGUCUGGCAUACCCCUCGCCUGACCCCUCCCUUUGUGGGGUUGAUACUGGUCCACCUCCCUAUUUUUAGGAGUAGGAUGGCAUUAACCAGGCUGAAACGAUUGAGGGGAGUGAAACUAGCCAACACAGAGGUUCCUGUUUGUACCUUGGGGUGCAGACAAUGUUGGGAGGAGAGAGGGCAGUAGAAGUGUGGGGGUAGAAUUGUCUUCAUUUUUCUUCUAGCUCUUCCCCAGCAAAGUUCAGUUGUACAUAGACAGAAAGCAAGUUAGCUUCUUCCCCAUACUGGGAUUUGUGUCUGUUUCCCUGUUGGAAAGCUUUUGUAUACCCCCCCCCCCUUGGAACUCUGUAAUUGUCUCAUUCCUCCUGAGGCAGGAGGUAAGGCACAGAGCGUGCCUACUGAAAGAGAAAGGAGAUCUGGGAAAAAUAUCACUUAUUUUUUAUUAAUUCUUAGGGUCUUUUUGCUGGUUGCCAUGAAAAUGGAUUUUUAAAACAUGUUCCUGGGAUGGGGUGGGAGAGGAGAUAGAAGAUUGACUUCGUUUGCCAAGAAUUAACUCCUCCAAACUUAUUUUUCUUUGGUGGGGGAGAUUAAUAGUCCACGGACUCCCUGGUAAUUUUGCUGUUCUCAGAAUAAGAAGGGACAAUUUAAGUGUUAAGAGGAAUAGGGAGACUGAGUACUUGCUUUCAGACACAGAGACCUAGAGGAUUUGGGGGCUAAUGAAGACUGUGCAGAGUCACUCCAGAAGCAGGCUCCCCUCGCCAGGAUCCCUGGCUCUCAGAGAACUCUGCUUCUGUUGCCCCCAGCCUGUGCCCCACUUGAGGUUAGUCUUUUGAUCAGUGGGGGUUUUGUUUUUGAGGUCCCCCUUAUUGAUGCCUUUUGUUCUAAUAUUUGCAACUGUAUACAUGGCAGAGUUUUUGAAUGUAAAUAAAAGAUGUGGACCCUU